AUGCCCCCAAAACCUGCCCCAGAGGCCCCUCCUGCUCCAGACGCCCCACCAGCUCCAGGCGCCCCACCAGCUUCAGGCGCCCCACCAGCUCCAGGCGCCCCACCAGCUCCAGGCGCCCCACCAGCUUCAGGCGCCCCACCAGCUCCAGGUGCCCCACCAGCCCCAGAGGUCCCACCCAGUGCGGCACAAGAGCCUACACAGUCACCUGAAGAACUGGCAUUUUACGCCCCAGAUUAUUUUUAUAUGACCAUCGUGGCUGCACUGCUUUUCCCUCCCCUGGGAAUACCAGCAAUCCUCUUCAGGUGUCACAAGGCUGGGCUCAGAAUUCCAUAUCUAAAGUUCCCAUUCCUACAGACCGAAGAGGCCAACAAGAAGAGCAAUUGGGACAAGGCUUAUAUCAACUCAGGCCGAACUGGUUGGUUGGAUGUAUUCGCCAUACUCAUCGGUUUAGGCAUCAUUUAUUACUGUGUCCUAUUUAUGUGAAGGCCAGGCUCAGUAGCCAAUGGGUUCACCCACUCCAACAGUACCUACCCAAAAAGACAUUAACCAGACAAAUCAGCCACCAUGCAAGAAACCAACAGCUGAGACAUCCCUAGCCAGGAAG